AUGUCGGCUUCCAUCCGCAACUUGCAGAGGGGCGCCACGCGCGCCUUUUCACAGAGCAGCGCUGCUCAGGUCUCACGCCAGAGCCCUGUUUGCUCUUCUUCCAACCCAAUCGCAUCCUCGUCUUCGAACUCGGGCCGUUCCAAUCAGCACAACAAGCGUCAAAAGAGGAAAAAGGAUGGCAUCCUUCGCAAAGCUGUAGAAAUGUACCACUUGACUCCGUCUUUCCUUCCAAUGCCGCACCAAUCUUCAGCCUCUUCCUCGGCCGCUUCCUGGGAAGCAGCGCUAGACAACACGAUCUACUCUUCCAUCCUCAACACAGACUCUGUAUCACGCCGAUCGCCCAACCUUGUUCCUCGAGGCCUGUCAGAGUUCUCCCGUGAGCAAUCCAACCGGGCUGCCUCUGUGCCCUCUUUCGGCAACACCGAAGAGUCGGCUUCCAGCCGCGCCAAGGAUAUUCACUCUUUCGCCUCGGAUCUCACUAGCACCACCUUCCUCACACGUAGAGAGAGGGAAGCCGCCGCAGCCGAUCUCUUCUCUGCGAAUUCAUCCCAGCUGGACAAGCCCGCUUCCUCUUCACUGCCGAACGCAGGUGGUCUCGAUCAGUUCACCGAUGCCGACAUCGCCAUGUACCAGAGAAGGCACAACCAUGCCGCUGGCGCUGGAUUUUCUUCGGGCCUCGACAGCAGCAGAUACUCUGGUGCAGAGAGGCUGUCCCAUCUCGACCGUGUCAUUCCCGGCGCAAACGAGUGGUACCGCAGUCAAGGUCUUGACUCGAGGAGCGCCCGAGUUCGCGACGCCAUCUUUGGCACAGUCAAUGGCGAGCUCCCCGGUCUCGAAGUGAUUCGCGAGAGGAUUGCCAAAAUGAGGCGUGAGAAUCCGUCGCAGAAGCCGGCCUCCAAUUGA